AUGACAUCCUCGACGACCGCUUCGCAAGAAGAGCUCAAGCAGGCCAAGAUCCCGCUGGCGUGGCGCGACCAGUGCUCUGCCAUGCUCCUCCCGUUGAAUGUGUGCCGGAAAGACAAAUACUACCUCCCAUGGGAGUGCGAGAACGAGCGGCAUGCGUAUGAGAAGUGCCAGUACGAGGACUACGUACGGCGGAUGAAGCUCCUGUCGAAACAGAAGGUUGCUGCCCUAGAGGAGGAGGAAUGA